AUGAAUGCACUGGAAAAUGCUGUGUUUUCUUUAUACGACGCAGAGGUUUUCAUCGAGUAUUUGAGGAACCUUGGAGAGAGACAUAAAACAUGGCCCGUGAGGCUGGAACAUUGCGAGGUAUGUAUUCUAUUAUGCCGAUCAAGGCUACUUACGGGUACAUAUUGUUGUAUAGCGCUGUAUAAUAAUGUAAACUUCAGAAGAGGGAAGUAUAGAGCUAUCUAAGAGUACAUAUCGUUGUUUAUGAUCCAUCAAUUUUUUGCUCGCGCACGAUUGGUCUAAACUCACGCAAGUGACUAAAUAUCCCCCACCUAAAACUGGGUGAUAUCCGAGAAUAUAACCCAAGCGAUAUUCCCAAAUUUGCAAAUCUUACGUCCACCACGAUAAGUCUUUGUUUCAAACUUAAUUAAAUUCAGGAUAAGUUAGUAUUAUCAUCUGAGUUGAUUACGUAAGCUGAAAGCUCACGUUUCGAGCGUUAGCCCUUUGCAAUCGCUCUGACGAAGGGCUAAAUCUCUUAAUUACCCCCUUCAGUCAUUCGAUUCAGUAAGCUGUUCAUAAACAUUUUCCACGUGCGUUGCAAAAUAUUUGAAGGAUAAUAAACACAAUAGCCUCUAUUUUGCGAGAAAAUACGUGCAGAUAUUUGCCCUUGGACAUUGUCUGUCCCUCGAAGGUCUCAGUUUUCGCAUCUUGGAACAGACAAUGUCCGCGGACAAAUAUCUGUACUCAUUUUCGCGCCAAAUUGGAGAAGUUAUUUAUAUAGCGCUGUAUGGUGAUGUGAAAUUCGGUGGAGGGAAGCAUAUGGCUAUUUAGGGGUACAUAUUGUUUUGAAGCGCUAUAUGGUUACUGCAUUUUACGGAUUUACAGCGCUACUCAGGGGUUUAAUGUUGUAUUGUGCUGUAUAAUGAUAAAAGUUGCAGUAGAGGGAUGUAUAGUGGUAUUUAAGGGAGGGGAGAGAAGGGGAUAUUGGCGUGCGUAUUGGAGGAGUUUAUUCUACGAUGUUGGGAGACAUGGAGUCGAAUGAUCGACGGAACGUGUUUGCUCAUAAUGAGUCUCAACUAGUCAUCGACUAUCUCUCUAAGCACUAUAGUAACUUAUCCUUUCUUAAUCAUUGUUUUGUCAAAACUCUUUUCCAGGGUCUUCUCGGCGUCUACAUCCGAGAUGGCGGCUACCGACUCUGUGGAGUCUGUGAAUUGGCCUGCCGCUAUCUUGGAUUCGCAAUGUAGGUGGACCCUGGGCGAGAGUUUGACCCAUUCCCAAUCAGAUGAUAGGAGAAGCCUUAAUUUGGACAUUGAAGGACUCGUUUCCAACAAAAUGCACCGAUUAUGUCGCCGAGACUUGGAGGGAGCUGUUCCGCUUUAUAACUGCUACUAUGAUGAGAGGACUGAGGAGAGCAAACACUGGCACGUGAGACUUAAAACUGAGAGACCCUGUGGCCUGGGAAUGAGUUGA